UAUAUACUGUAACCCUGAAGCUAUUCAAUGAAAUGUGCUUGUAGAAAAACUUGAACCCAGAGAUGGGUUGAUGACCCACAGUUUUAGCCCAAUUUGAUGGAAUGGCACCUUUAGUUCUAAAUUUAGGAUCCACUAUCUCACUAUGGCAUCAGAAUCUCUUGGACGCAUAAUUAGAAUGCACAAGCGUUACUCUGGCAAUAUACAAAAUCUAAGUAUUCUGAGAAACACACAGUCAACAAGGUCAUGGAAAUGCCAUUAUUUCUUAGUCUCACAUCACCCUGACUUGAAUAAAACUUAAUCCUGAUUUGACAAAUGAUUAAAAUCUUGCAAUUCCCAUAUCAGUGUAGGAUAUUAUGAUAAGCACUGCAGUGGCUUAGAGAACGUCCAAUAUCAGUUUCUCUGGGUGACCUGGGAUAGAUAAUAAAUGUAACUGUAGCAUUAUCAUUUAAAUGAUAAUACUCAAUCUUAUUAAAAAUUGCAAAAGCCCAGUUCUUUUUAUCUUAUUUAACUAAAAUUUUCUGCCUCUCUACUGCCUAUUAUCAAAUACAUAAAAAUGCAUUAUUGUCAGACAACAGAACAGUAAAUCACUAAACAGAGGCUCAUUUGCAAUUGAGAUGCCAUUAUUUAUGAUAGAUUUUGUUUAUAUUAUAUGAUAAAGUGAAAAUCUCAAAUACUUAUAUAUAAUGUAAUCUAUUCAAAUUUGCAAGAAAAUAUAUAAAUAAAAAUGUUGAGUGCCAACAUUGACUCAAGGCAGCCCAAUGAAUAGCGUAGUUGUCCAAAGGGUUUCCGUGGCAAGAUAUGAAGUAGAUUGUAGGGUUUUCUUCUGCACAAAUACUGCUGCUGUUGAGGUUGGGACCUGGCCAGAUUUGAACUCAGGACCAUCUGCCUUGAAGGCCAGUGUUGGUACUACUACACCACUGGCUGGCCCAUAAAUUAAAAUUAAGGUUUUAAAAAUGUAGCAAAUGAUGGGACAUAGCAGAAACAGAGUCAGCAAGAGAAACAGAGUCAAUAUUUCUGGUUGUUGCUUCUUGCCCAUCACUUUCAGCAUUCUGAAAGGAUUGUUUCCUUUGCAAAUCCUGAAUUCAUUCUCCUUUCUCCAACGACAAUAACUCUUCUUCUUAUGCACCUUCACAAAACACCCACAGAGGAAGCAACCUGCCCUUUAAUUUGUCUAUAUGCAUUAUCUAAAUACUCUUUCUAGGUAAAGUAUAAUUCACUUGCGCUUCUAGUUUAGUGCACUACGUUCAGUGUUCUCAGCAUACUCUCUUCUACACUGAUGGAUCCGACCGUUGGAUGGAUGAUAGUUUUUGAGUAACCCAAAUAAUACCUCAUUAGGUUGACCCCAUUGUCUGUCACCUCAACUUUCCAUCUGAAUCCCAUUGUGAUUUAUCUCAGCAUCUUGCACUGUAACAAUGAAGGUCACCAUAAACUCACAGAACACCUCAUCUAUUGAGUUAUGUACCUCAUUGUUCCAUUGUAAUUUUUCUUUGUUUUUCUCUCUCUCUAUUCACCAUCUAUUUACAUUUCCUCAAAAAGAUUCUCUGUUAUUAAGUCUUCUUCACCCUUUCCUUCACAAUACCAAUCCAUAUCAUCCAUUUUCUCUUGGUGUCCUCCUCAUUACAAGUAUCCCCUUUUUCCUCAUUAGUUUUCUCUGCCACUUAAAACAUGCAAGUUUUCUUUAGAUUUGCAGUAAGUACAACAGCCUGAAAUUGUUUUGCCUCAGAUGCUGCAUGACCUGCAGAGUAUUUGCAUUUUUUUAAAUUUGUAUUACUUGUAGCAGGUACAGUUGAGAGAGCUUGUGGACAGGAGAAGUCCGGGAAAGAGACAGCUCUCUCCCAGUCGGGUGACAUUGGGGUGACAUGGCAGAGAAAAAUCUAAACUUACAGUACGUGCUUCUUUCCUGUUGAAAUAGAUGCUUUGAUUCUUAUUUUCUUUAUAUUUUAGAGAUUUUAGUAAUGUGUUCCCCAUGAACUUUCAUGUAGAAAGCCAUGAGUCAUGAGAUCCAAGGACCAAUCCAAUGAUCUCUCAAAAUUGUUACACGUGUUGACAGGAUGGUUAAGAAGACAUAUGAUGCAUUGGACUUCAUUAGUCUAUGGAAAAGUUUGAAAAUGCCGAAGCCAAACGUCUUCAACAAAGCCAUGACCGCCGACUGCCAAACCACUAGAGCUAGUGCUACCACUAGCAAUGGGCGUGUAAAUAACUCCUCCAUGUCUGAGAUACCACCGGACAAGAUUCAUGCCACGUGCAAGGAAUUAGGACAGGAGUCAGUUCUGCGUGGCAUUAACAAUCACUUUGAUAUUUUUGAGGCCAAGUUCCAAACGUUUGUGGCCUCACAGGCCGAUCUACAAGCCUGUGUGGCUAAUCAAGAACUGGUCGUUAGCGACCUCGAAGCACAUGUGCUUGAAGCUAAGUACUUAGAGUUAAUGAAACAAAAUCGCCAGCUCCAAGCUAAAGUGCUUGACUUAGAGGCCCAUUCCCAGAGACACAACAUUAAGAUUGUAGGGAUACAAGAGGGCGAAGAUGAUGGUAAACCCACUGAGUUUGUUUCCAGACUAAUUCCAAAGUUGCUUGGGGAAGAGCAUUUCCUGCACCCGGUUAAAGUCGAUCGUGCACACCGCUCUCUCCAGCCAAAGCUGGUCACUGGCGCUAAGCUGUGUACCAUCUUGACACAUAUUCACCAUUUUCAAGUGAAAGAGCUGAUCCUGCGCCGCCGCAGACUAUGACCGAUAGAGUACGAGGGAAACAAGGGAUCUUCCUGAACUACACUAGUGAGGUGAUGACUCAACGUCGAACCUUUCGGGAUGUACUGCAAACUCUGCGUGAUGGAGGAAUCAAGCACACCCUGUGGUACCCAGCCAGGCUCCAUAUUUACCAUCAGGAUGGAGGAGCGCCUACUGACUUUGACAACCCAAAGGAAGCAGCACGGUUCUUGGAAAGGAAUAACACACGCAACAAGUAGUAGAUACAUUGACACUGUUCAUUCAGAUUAUACUUGUGUCGGUUUACAUGUGGGGAUAAGGGGAGGGAACUGCUUGUUAUACAUAGCUCUACAAUGCUAUGUGCUGCACUGGGAUUUGAUUGCAGAGAAUGUUUUACAUAUGGCUGUUAUUAUAAUGGAAAAUUUUGAGUUGGUGUCAUGAAUGCCCAAUUUCAGGUGAGGACAUUGGACAACUCUCCCAGCCCUAACAGCACUUGUUUAACGGUAUUAUACAGCUUGCAUUAUAAAAUGUCUCAGAGAGGAGUUUGUGAUAAUUGUGUCAUGUUAAUUACCUGACCAGCAGCUUCUUUUUGGAUGGAAAUGGGGAACUAUGUAUCUGGUUCAGGGAGACGUGAUGAGGGGUGGGUUGGGGUGUGUGUUGUUCUUGUUUAUGGCUCAGACAUGUUUUUAUUCUUUUUUGCAUGUUGUGUUUUUAUGAGGCUCCCAGUCAUUCUGCAAUGUUUACUAUGUGCUCAACUGCAAUAAUCUCUCCUUUAUUCUCAUAUGCAGAGGUCUCAUGGUAGAAUGCAGCUGGAGGGCAAAGGUAUUACAAUAGUCUUAUGGAAUGUUAAAGAGUUUGGUCAUGUUGUUAAGAUGGACAAAGAUUUUAGACAUCUCAAAUCUCUAUCUACAGAUGUGAUUUUUCAUAUCAAAGUAACUGAGCAAAACAGAUUGAGGUCUAGCUGGAUAUCACAGGUUUACCAGUCACAAUUUACUUCUCAUGCCCAUGGUGUGGCUAUCCUCUGUAGGAAAAAUAUUCCAUUUCAACUCACUUCCAUGACCACAGAUCCUCUCGGCAGGUAUAUUAUGGCCUCUGGCACUAUUACUGUAAUUCGUUUCUGCUAACCUUCCUUAAUAUUUACGGUCCAAACACAGACGAGCUUAUUUUUUUUAUUUUUUUUUGGGAAGUUUUGACUUACUUCUGGAUGACAGUAAUUCAAAUAUAAUAAUCGGCGGUGACUUGAAUUGUUACCUAGAUCCAUAUUUAGAUAGACUGCCCUCCCGCCCACCCCCAAAUAUCAUGUCAGUGCAGGUCCUAAACAAUUUGAUUAAAUCUAGGAAUUUGGUAGAUAUCUGGCCAGUUCAACAUCCCACUGACUAGGAAUAUACUUAUUAUUCUCAUGUUCACAAAUUCUAUAGUAGAAUAGACUAUUUUUUGGUUGACUCUCAUUUAAUUUCUCAUGUCACCAAUACAAAGUAUCAUAAUAUAUUAAUUUCUGACCAUAGCCCCUUGACAAUGUCGCUAAAUCUCUCCCUUCCCAAACGAAUCUACUCCUAGCGACUUAACUCUUCCCUACUCACUGAUAAAGAAGUUUAUAAAAAACAUCACCACCAGAUUAAAAGAUUUCAUAGAAAUUAAUGAUAACGGCAAGGUAUCAGAUUCCACACUCUGGGAGACAUUAAAAGUUGUAAAUCGUGGGCAUAUAAUUUCAUAUGAAUCUGCUGCUAAGAGGGAGAAAGAGGGACGAUUAUUAGAGAGUGAGAAUACACUCCCAACCCUUGAAGUGACAUACCAAGAUUCAAAAUCCUCUGAAGACUGUAAUAAGAUAAUGAAGCUUAAAUAUGAGUACAAUUCCAUCUUGGGCAGUCAAAUAAACAACCUCCUCUUAAAAUUAAGACAAAAGCACUUCAAAAUGGGGGACAAGCCUGGGGGGCUCCUAGCAUGGCAAUUUAGAGGCGCGCAGGCCUUAAGGUCAAUCCACUGCAUUAGAUCAAGGGCAGGCACCCUGUUAACUAACCCCAAGGAGGUAAAAGACUGUUUAAAGAAUCUUACAGUGAAUUCUACACUUCUAAAUGCGAUGCCGCGCAAUCUGACUUGUAAGACUUCUUCGACUCUUUUGAAAUGCCGAAACUCAGUGACGCUGCCAGGAAGGACCUAAAUUCUGACUUCAGAUUUUAAGAAAUAACCUCUGCCAUUAAGUCACUUGCGUCUGGCAAGGCAACUGGGCCAGAUGGAUUUGGCUGAAAAUUUGAUAAGAAGUUCUGUGAUCACCCCAUUCCUCCUCAGAAUGAUAUCUUGCUCUAAGAGAGACAAAGCCUGGCCUAAAACAUUGCACAACGCUACCAUUUCCCUCAUUCUUAAGAAAGGUAAAGAGGAAACAGACCCAAUCAACUACAGGCCCAUUGCACUCCAGAACUACAAUAGAAAAGUAAUCACUAAAAUGCUGGCUAACCAGCUAAAUAAGCACUUGUCAUCUAUCAUUCAUCCUGAUCAGACAGGAUUCAUCCCGGGCAGGUUUUCUUUUUCCAAUGUCAGACACCUCCUUAAUACUUUGUAUGCUGAUCAUCGGAAAGCCAGUGGUGAAGCAAUCUUAUCCCUUCAUGCACAGAAGGUUUUUGACCAGAUUGAGUGGUGUUACGUGUUUGAGACACUGUACAGAUUUGGGUUUGGUGAAUCAUUUAUAUCUUGGGUAAAAUUGAUAAACGCCAGCCCAAUGUGUUCUAUCAUAACCAAUGGCGACAAUGUAACUAUGUUUCCCCUACACCAUUCAGUUCAGUAGGGUUGCCCUCUUGUCAGCCCUCUUUGCCAUCGCAGUAGAGCCCCUCGCCGUAAAAAUAAGAAGUCAACCAAAUAUUGUGGGUUUGAAAGUGGGAGGUAUUUAAACUCUUAUUAGCUUAUAUGCCAACGAUGUGACACUGUACUUAUAAAAUUCAGAAAAGUCAGUCCCCCUUCUUCUAAAUUUAAUCACCUCCUUUGACCGACAAAAAAUGACUUCGUGCCCCUCUCUGAUGUCUACAUGACGGGCUUUUUGGAAAGUGUCCUGUUUAAUGUAGUUAAAGAUCACCUUACCUAUCUUGGCUUGACAAUAACCAAAGAUCCUAAACUAAUAUUUAAAUUAAACUUCGCAGAGUUUAUCUCAAAACUUAAACAGAACAUAGAAAGCCGGAAAACUCUACCUCUGUCCAUGAUUGGCCGUAUAAGUUCAAAUAAAAUGGUUUCCCUUCCUAGGUUUCUCUAUCUUUGUCAAAAUCUCCCUAUUUUACUCACAUCAGCCUUCUUUAAAUAGUUGGACUCCAUGAUUUUGUCUUACAUUUGGAAUUACAAGAAACGCAGGAUUUCGAAAAUUCAUUUGCAAAAGCCCAAGUCUGUAGGAGGGCUCAGGUUCAUGAGAAACAAUUCAAUUAAAAAAUUUUCGGGUAUCUGGUUUCCAAUUCUUGCCUACCUAGAGGAGGCCUAGAUGAUUUAGCACUUUUGAGCACUCUGUACAACAGGCAUCCCUCUAAUGUUAUGUCCUGUUUUUUUUUGCUCAUUUUAUUUUCACACAUGUCUGAGCUUAUGUUCUUGUUGAUAUUGUUUUUUGAA